AUGCGGUUUAUUGUAAUUCUAAUAUGGAUUUAUAUAAUAAUAUUUUGCACUUAUAAUUCUUUAAAAAUUGGCAGAUUUUCAUUUCCUGAAACUGGAAAAAAUAUAUUCUUUUUAGGAAACUUAGGAACAGAUAUUAAAAAGAAUAAUAGAAAAAUAUUGCUACCAUUAAAAAAAAAAAAAAAAAUUGAACUAAUAAAAAAGAGAAGACAUAAACAUUCAAUUUAUAAUCAUUCAGAUAAAUCGAACGAAAGUUAUAAAAUAUUUAAUAAAAAAAAUUUUAUAAAAAAAUAUGAAGUGAAAAAAGAAGAAAUAGACGCGUAUAUAGAGCAAAUUAAAAGUUGCAGUAGUAGUGGUUAUGAGCCACGUUUCCCAAAAGAUGCUUUUAGAACUCCAGAAGGACUAACAAAUGUUAUUUUAGAUUAUAAGUACAAAAAUGAUAACCUAAGAAUCCACAAUUAUUAUUAUUUUUUUAUUUAUUUUUUAAAAAAAUUGUCAGAAAAGGCAAAAAAUAAUGAACGUGAAACAAAUCGCUUAAUAAAUAUUCAAGAUUUUUUAUUCUUAAAAAAGAAAGGAUUUUUUGAAGGAGAUUUAUAUACAUGGAAAAAUUGGGUUCUUCUUAAUAAAGGUGAAUGGAAAGAUGAUAUUGGAUAUGAUGAUGAUGACAAUGAUUAUGAGAUAAGAACGUUACGAACUUUGGUUGAGCCGAAAAUGAAAAGAAUGCCUAUUGAAUAUUGGGGGAGUUUUAGAGCAAUAGACUUUAAUGUGAACCACUAUCCAAUUUAUAAGAAACUGUUUGAUUUUUUUAAUAAAGAAGAAGUGAGUGGAGAUGAGCCAAGACAUAUUUUUUAUCCAUUUCUUUUUUAUCCAAGAUUUAGUGUUAGAAGAGAUAGAAGUGGACUAGGUUAUGGAGAUGCUAAUUUUUUUGGUAAUUAUUCUGAUUUUUAUGAAAAACGAAAAGAAAGAGAAGAAAUGAAAAAAAAGAACAGGAAUAAAAUGAAUAUUAUAUCAAUGAAUCUCACGAAUGAAGAAGAUGAAAAAAAAAAAGAAGAUAAAGAAAAUGUUAUAAAUACUAGUAUACAUAGGGAAAAUUUUAUUGACAAAUAUGAUUUUGGGCCAAACGAUAUAAAAGUUGAAGAAGCAACAGAUAUAAUCAAAUAUCCACAAAGUGGAAAGUUAUAUCAGAAGUUCUACAUAGGGCCAUUAAAUAUAACGGAUGGGCAUACUUUUGGUUCUCUUUUAAAAUAUGUUUGUCAAACUCAAAUAUAUGGUUAUUCAAUAGUUGCGAUUAAAGUACAUAAUAUGAAUGAAGAUACUAAAAUUGAUAAUGUGCAAGAAGACUUACUUGAAAUAGCAUUAAAUAUGUCUGACGUGUGCAUAUAUAGUAAAGAAAUAAAUGUAGAAAGUAAUAUACGUUUAAUUUUUAAAGGGCCAUUAAUGCUAGUAGCAGGAAUGAUUCCAUUGCCUUCUCAUUUAAAAAUAGUUAAUAAAGAGCAAUAUAUAUGCACAUUAAAAGAAAAUGGGUAUAUUGAUAUUUCUAUUAAAAUAGAAUAUGGCAAAGGUCAUUGGUUAACUUAUGAAAAAGGACUAUAUAAAAGGGAAUUAGGAUCAGAUAAUGAAUGUAUGAAAAAAAGAGAAGUUUUUGAGGUUGUUAAUAAAAAUUAUAUGCCUAUAAGUGCUAGUUUUAGCACAUGCAGAAUGGUACGUAUUGCUGUUCAUAAAAUUGCUACAAAAUAUUGGUGUGAAGAAAGAUGUGAAUUUACUGAUCCUAAACAGAUGCUAGUUGUAGAAAUUUGGACUGAUUGCAGAAUGUUACCUAAAAAUGUUCUUUUAUAUGGUAUUAAAAAUAUUAAGAAAAUUUUAAGAAAAUUUAGAGAAAUGAUAAUAAAUGAUACUGAUUUUCUUUGUCAAGAAGAGGAAAACGAAAUAAAAAAACUAUGGCCAUCUAUUGAUAAAUAUAAAUAUUUACAAACAAAACAGAAAAUGGAAGGGGGCCCACCUAUUUAUAAUGUUGAUGAAGCCUUAGAUGAUGAAUUAGAUAAGAAAAAUAAUUUAAAUCCAUUUACUGAAAGUCUUAUUAAUCCUGAAAAUUUUCCAAAACAUUCUAACAUACUAUUACCUUUGCAGGAUACCCCCCCUCCUUUUCUUGAUACAUUAGAAUGGCUAAAAUUGGAAGUAAAAAAAGAAAAAAAUAAGAAAAAAAAAAAAAAAAAAGAUAAUACAUCUCCAAGAAGACAUACUUUUGAUUAUGAUGAUUACUUAGAUAAUAGAUUAGCUGAUAUAUUAGAUGAAAAAAAAAGUUAA